AUGGACAUGAGGUCGUUAAUUCACCAGGGAUUACCCCCCUGCCGCAACAGCAGCAGCUCAUCCAGUGUCAGCACGAGCGUCUCUGCCAGCAGCAGUAGCAGCUUUCCAGCACCACAAAUCUCGUCGGUACUGCCUGUACCACAUGUACCGACAAUGCAGCCGCAGUCGGCCAUUUCCCACGUUUCAGCAGCGUUCGAUGCCAUCGCGCAGGCGCCGCCGCUCGUGCCGCUACGUUUUAUCAUCCCCAAUUCGCGGCCAGACCUCGUCUCCAUUGCGUCCGCCACGUCGUCCUCGUUCAGUAUGAAGGAACCAGAGCGCGAGCCACAGCAUUCGAUGAUGUACCCUCUCAACGUCUGCACUAUCAAGAACGAGCAGCCGGAGCUGUGUUCACCACUGGAUAAUCAAAAGGAGCUGAAGAAGAGCGUUCCGAAACGCGUGCGCACGCCCAAACUCUCGAGUCGUUCGACGAAGAGCAAGGCUCGACCAGGGCUUCGAAAGGGCAAGUGGACUGAGGAAGAAAGUCGGUACGCCGCCCGGUUGACCCACUACUUCAAGGAGGGGCUACUCCCGCUGGAGAGAGGCACGAUGCUGCGUCUCUACCUCUCGCAGAAGCUGAACUGCGAGCCAAUGCGCAUCACCAAGAAGUUCACUGGCGGUGAAUGCAUUGGCAAGCAGGUCUUUCGUCCUUGCAGUCCCACUCCAGAGUCUCGAAUAAGAAUUAUGCAGGCACAGCUUGAGCUGGUAGCACUCGAGGCUGCCUUCAUUGAGCGUCUGAAAGAAAACCGAGAGGAGCCAAUACUUUCUACGGACGAGUUUGACUUGCGACCAGUUCUGUCAGGCCAAAGAUUUCGACCUGUGCCGCUCAAGCCCCGGAUGUACCAGUCAGGGGGCGAUGACAGAGAGGGAGAUGAAGAAGACGCGAACGCCGUGGGUUUGCUGCUUGACUUUUUCUACAAGGCCAAUCGAAAGGAAAAGAAUGGCAGUAAGAAAGCGGCGUCAACAAAGAAGGACGAGUCGGCUACGGAGGAAAUGAAAAGAAAGGAGGAGGAAGGGGAACAAGAGCAAAUCAAAAAGCUGCUCCUUGAAAUCAGUUCGCCAACAGUUCUGCCCGCGACAAGUGGCGAGACCGACACCUUGAGUGAUUCGCCGACGAAACGUAUGCGCGCCCUCUCGGUUAGUGGCUGUGCAGGCCCCGCAGCCGCCAAGCGCUCUCGUGUGGGAUCCUUCUCUACCGUCACCGCCGCAUGA